UAAUCAGAUACAAUGAAUAUAUGAAGUUCAUAUAUUUUGAACUGCGGUAUUAGAUACGUAUGAUGCACGAUCCUCGCAGAAGAGAGCGCUAUGACUUUAAUGAUAUUAGAUAAUGAUAUGACUUUAAUAAUAUUAGAAUUUUGGGCUUGAAAAUUGUUAGACUUUGCGCUGUCCCACCUUUUCGGCGAAGUUUGUCGCCGAGUCAAGAAAAAAAGUAAUCAGUGAAAAUAAAAUAUAUGUCAACGCACCGCAGGGAGCUGUUGUGCGACGUCAUGCACGUCGCGGCGCGCUAACAAAAAAUUUUUUUCAACAGUUUUUUUUUUUUUGCUGGCGCAACGGACUUCGCCGAAAGGUAGGGAAGGCUCGUAGGCUAGAAAAAUUUUUUAAUAAAGAGUGCUUUCUGCCGCGUAGUCAUUCACAGCAACAAAGAAAAACUGUUUCAGCAUGUAAAAGAUGUCACUUUUCAUCAUACUAUUCAAGGUGACAUUAAUUUUGAUCUAUGGAUGGAGUUAGGGUUAGCCACAUGGCCACACUAAUAUUGUGAAACUGUGAAGCAUGUGUGAAAAAAAAAAUCCCGUGCAGAUAGCGUGAAUCCAGAAAAAUGGCCACAUGACAAACUACAUACUUUGAAACCGCCAAAGUGAAAUAUUUAUCGUGCAAAUCUCUCUCCUGCAGAAAGCACGACUCUUUAUAAAAUGCCGGCGACUUGUAAAGUACAUGCUGUGAAUCAGCUUUUUUCGGUAGAUAGUGUGACUUCAUAAAAGAAAGAAAGUGUGUCCACAAUGACGUCGUGUUGGAAAACCCCAUUUAAUUAUUCUUCAACGAGGAAAUAUUGAAUUUAGAUGAAGGUUAUGUAGGCUGCACCCCUCACCUAAAAAGAAAAAUAUGGUAAAAAAACUAAAGUUCCCAGCGCGGAAAUUCGAUCCACCUUAUUUUUCAGUUUUUGUUGGAGAUCGGCAUGAUUUUACAUAUUAUUGACCACACGAACUUUGAACUCCUCAUUAGCUUCUCUAAUCCACUGGAAAAAAAAUGCGACGCACUGAAGCGGAAUAUUAGCAAGUACAUCGGAUUGUAAGCUGUUUUUGUUUUUGUAAGCUCCAACCAUAAACGAGUUGUUUUUAUAUUUAAACCGCGCCUGUACUCGCCCAACAGCGGUCAUUUAUUCACCUGUUUCCUCACGAAACACCUGGAUCACUUCGAAAAUUCUCCUUUUAUGAACUGGACUGCUAAGUAACGGUAAAUUUCCACUAACCCUGUACACCUAACGUCCCACGUGCACAUCCCUUGAUGGAAUUGGAAUGGUUGCGAUGUUUUUAUUCUCACUCGUGCAAAUAUAUUUUGAUUUUUUUAACGUUCUCAUGUGAAAACGCCGUGUUCAAAGUUGUAUCGCUUCUUUAAAUCAACACAUUUGCUACACCUUUCAGUUUCCAUCACAUUGACUUUUUUUUAUGGAUUGACGUUAUAAUUCAAAUAGCAGACCUUAAAAAGUGUACUGACCAAUCUCAGAAAAGGCGUUCGGGUCGAGAAAAAAGUUCGAAUUUUGGAGAAAAGCGGUUAGUUACACAUUCCUGUUACGUAACUUUUCGCUCUUUUAAGACACGGAAGACAGUAACAAACAAAGAAGCAUUAUUUAGAAUAAGUUAACGAAUUAAUUAACUGAUUUAAAAAGGGGGUCACAUCGAGAAGACAGUGGUAUGAUCCAAUUACGUAAGGGAGAGGCACGCGCCAAAAAGAGAAAUGUAGUUUGAUGGGGAAAAAAAAGAUCAGCUGAUUUCCGCCUGUCUUCACGUGAAAAAGGAUGAUUUUCAAACUGCCUUUAUUAUAGUGGACUCUUAUCCGUGAUUACUGUAAGCAACAAUUUCAGUCUGUAACGUUCGUCAGCUUUGGUGCGGUGAAAUGGCGUCGGAAGAAACUAGCAAAAAGUUGCAGACUUUCUCGGGGAAAUACAGGGAAUUCUGUUCUCCGGGACCGGUGAAGGUGUUUGUGAAGAAGCGCUUUCCAAUCGCGUCUUGGCUGCCAGAAUAUAAUCUCAGGAAGCUACAGUGCGACAUGAUUGCCGGCUUAACUGUCGGUCUUAUGGUUGUUCCUCAAGGUCUAGCCUACGCUCAACUGGCCGGACUGCCACAACAAUACGGACUAUAUUCGGCGUUCAUGGGUUGUUUCCUCUACUGUAUUCUGGGUACGAGUAAAGAUAUUACUCUAGGUCCCACUGCGAUUAUGUCUUUAGUGGUAUCUGCGUACGGGAAACCCGAAAUACCUCAUUAUGUUGUCGCAUUAACUUUAUAUACUGGAAUAAUCUUACUCGCUAUGGGCUUUCUUCGGUUGGGAUUCGUUGUAAAUUUUAUUUCUAUUCCAAUCGUGAGCGGGUUUACCUCCGCAGCGACAAUAAUCAUCGCCUUUAGUCAGCUGAAAGAUUUGUUUGGAUUACAAAAAAUUCCUCGUAAAUUCGCCCAGAACGUGUACUUCACCUUCAAGAAUAUCGGUCAGACAAACAAAUGGGACCUAACAUUGGGGUUAAUAUGUAUAAUAAUUCUAAUAACCCUGAGGAAGGUUGGACGACUCGAAUGGGUGAAGCGCAAGGACUCGAGCGACUCCAGAUGGUUGAAGGCAGCAAAGAAGACUGUUUGGCUCAUUUCAAUCAGUAGAAAUGCUCUCAUAAUUUUGAUCGCUGCAGUGGUUUCUUCGUCUCUUUAUCAGCAUGGCCAUAAAGAUAUUUUUACUUUGCCAUCGCGUAUUAAACCGGGUCUUCCACUUAUGCAGGUGCCUGCUUUGAGCUUUCAAGUUGGCAAUGCUACAAGAAGCACCUUGGAGGUGUUUAAGGAUCUUGGACCUGGUCUGGCUGUGGUUCCCCUUAUUGGCUUUCUCGAGAGCAUUGCAAUUGCCAAGGCCUUUGCACGUAAAAAUCGCUACACUGUUGAUGCCAGCCAGGAAUUGAUUGCCCUUGGUGUUGCCAAUUGUCUCAGCUCAUUUGUAUCCUCCUAUCCAGUGACUGGAAGCUUCUCUAGGACUGCUGUGAAUGCACAAAGUGGAGUGGCAACACCUGCAGGAGGAAUUUUCACAGGUGCUAUUGUUCUCUUAGCCCUUGGACUCCUGACAGACUCCUUUAAGUAUAUUCCAAAAGCAUCUCUUGCAGCACUGAUCAUGUCCUCUGUGAUAACCAUGAUUGAAUAUCACAUUGUGCCCAACAUCUGGAAAGUGCGGCGCAUAGACUUGGUGCCUUUGGCUAUCACCUUCUUUGGCUGCUUCUAUGACAUUGAAGUUGGAAUUUUGGCAGGUAUUGCAGUUGCCUUCUGCAUUCUCCUGUAUAAUGUGGUGUGGCCCCCCAUUACAAGAAUAGCUAGAGGAGACUAUGUGCUUCUAAAAAUCAAUGGAAAUCUCAACUAUCCUGGCAUUGAACAUCUGACCAAUGAGAUUCAAGAAGUCCCAGCCAUGGAACCUUCCCCUCCUGGUAUUGUAAUCGAUUUUUCUCUGGUCACAAGCAUUGACUUCACAGUCACUCAAGCACUUCUGACAAUCCUGGAAGAUAUGGAAAACAAGAGAAUUCCUAUAUUCUUCUCUGGUGUUCAGGACAUUGUGCGAAAUAUGAUGAUGAACUCUGGGAUUGAUUCAGGCAUUAUUAAUCAAGGCACACAAGCUGUCAUAGACUCAAUUAAUUCUUUGGAAAUAGUCGAACAAAAUUGAAUCAAUAUUAAAGCAUCAACAGUGAAUAGGGUAGUAAAGUUUCAGGAAACUAUUUUGGUUACAGAUUAGGCAAAUGAAACAGUAAACUUUGAUGAUGACAAUGACAAUGAGAACAUUUUAUAGGGAAAGCUGUUAGGAUUAUCCAUCCACAAAAAAUACCACUAAAAUUACCAAUACAUUUACUGGGUGAAAUUUUUCUGUGCUACACACAAUUUGAAAGUUUGCAGCAUUGUAAGGAGAUAUUUUCAAACUAUAGCAUACUUUCUUUUUCUGUUGUUGGACCUCAAAUUUUUCCCUACUGCAGGCAAAUUACUCAAACGUUAAUUCAUGUAUUAGUCCUUUUUUUUUUUGCCUUUCCAAGAGAAUCCAACUACAAGUCUUGUAUAGAGCAAACUCCAUUGUGUAUGUAGGUAACAUUGUGUCUGAAAGGACUGCAAGAGUAUAUGGGAUACUGUAGACCUUCACAGGUGUCCUUUGCCCAAACAUCUUUCAAUGCACUAUUUGAAGGAUAACCACCCUUACCUACAUAUCAAUGGAAAGGUUAUGAAAAGCACUAUUUGGCAAAAAUUCUUUUGUGCAACCAAAAUCAGGAGAUGUUUAGGUAAUUGAAAUUCAAGGACCAGGAUAUUUUGCCACAAAAAACUCUUGGGGAGUCAUUUAUAUUGACAUGUUAUAGUUGGCUAUUCACACCUUGGUGGGCGAAAGAAUUAAUUUGGAAAAUAUUGUGUCUGUUUAUAACUUGUGUGUGUUUCAAUAUUGUACCAAGUUUUUCUUUGAAACUAUAAUUAAAAUAAUAAGGCUUAGUUUGACAUGAAAAAAAAUUGAAAAAAUUGAAAAAACUUGGCCUCCUUAGGUCUACUGUAUCCUUAAAAAGUUCAAUAUUUGUAUUCAUUUUAGAAAAGUAAAGGUUCCAUGAUCAUAGUUAACCAUUAUGUAGGUCAAUCAGAGUGAUAUACUAAGAUUAAUGCUAAAUUUCAUUAGAUUAACACAGAAAAUCAUUCUAUAUUAUUUAAAGACAAUUUACAUUGUGAUUUUGCUAUUAAUUCCAUGCAUUAGUUAUUUAUUCAUUGUGCUUAGAUUCAGAAUUUCUCUUCAAGUGUAAGUUAAAACAAGCACCCCAGACAACGUACUGAAAAAUUGUCAAUAGCUACAAGAGAGGAAAUGUAUGAUGAAAAAAAAAUUAUAGCAUAACAUUUUACAUUCAUUAGAAGGCAAAGUAUGUUAAUGAGCUGCACACAAAAUGUUGAUUUGUGAAAAGUUGAAUUAAAAUGGUGCAAUGUACUAGCAAUUAUGACAUCAAUAUUCCACUUGAAAAGAGAAUUUGUCAAGGAAAAACAAUUCCAUUUCUUAAAAAUAUGGGGAAGGUGUAGAGUUUCAGUUGUUUUGAGUAAUUAUUGUGACAUUUCUAAUAUCUCUUCUCCAAGGGUAGAUUUGCUGUGAACCUUUUAAAAGAUCAGGCAAGGUAACUCAGCAAAAGAUGCAAGGCUGAAGGACAAACAUGUGGUUAAUUUUGUUUUAAUAAUUGCACCGUAUUUGGUUUGGAUUAAAAUCUAUAUUUUUUUCAAAUUCAAAGCUUACCUACCAAGAAAGUGCAGAUUUGUGCCCAGUUGUCACACUUAUUGAAUCUACUCAUUCAUUCUUCAAACAUACAUUAUAUUAUGUGAAUCAUUACAUUUAUAUUUUUGGCAGGAAUAGAGACAUGGUCCAAAUAGCAAAAUUGAUUUAUGGGUGUAUUUUGUGAGAAAUGUUUAAGUAAAAUUUUUCUACCACAAAUUAGAUAAUACUAUAUAAUGUUGAAAUUUAUCUGAUAGAAGAGUUGCAGGCAGCAUAACUUGUGUGGCUUCAUAAAUACUCAAUAAAUUUCUCAUAGGUUGCAGGAACAGUAGCUAAGAAGUAUGGGAAAGAGUUGAAAUAAAGUGUGGAAAUGACA